CCAUAUUUACAACUCAAAGAUCGAAUAUCUCAAGCAUGGUUAAAUAAAUACACCAUUUUAUUAACACUUAUUGCCCUGAAACUACUAUUAUUUCAACAAUCAUUAAAUUCUUCAUUGAACACUUCCAAACUAUACACUUUAGAAUCAUGUCCCACAAUAGAUUCUUAUGUAUCAAAUCUAGUUUCAUUCCCUCAUUAUAUUGCAAAAUCUUCAAAUUUCCUAAUAUUGAAAACUAUUGAAGAAAUUAAUGAAAAAACAUUAGAAACACUGGGUUUAAUUGUCACGGGUACUGAAAAUAUCAUAAUAUUUGCCUUGGAAAUGAUUGUGGGCACUUAUGCAUGUGUUUUAGUCUCCACUAUUGACGGUGCUGUUGAUGUGGCAGUAAAUUCAACUGAAAGUAUUAUAGGUUGGGUUAAUAACACUUUGGGUGAUAUAACAGAUGAUAUUGAAGACGGGUUAACAGACAUUUCAAAAUUCUUAAAUAAAGCUGUCAAUGCAGCUGAAAAAGUUAAAGACUUUUUCGAUGGUGAUGAUGAUAAUCAAGGUAAUUCAUCUUUAUCUCAUAUCAAUUUAACAGUUUCAUCUUUAAGGAAACUACACAUCCCAAGUUCAAUAAAUACAAAACUUGAUUCCUUAAAAGAUCAUACCCCAAAUUUUGAUCAAGUUAAGAAUAAAACUGAAACUUUAAUAAGGACCCCAUUUGAAUUGAUUAAAGAUAAAUUAUCAAAUACAACAGUCAUGAGCACCAAGGAUGAUACACUUUAUGUCCCUGAACUAGCCCAAGUCACUAUAUGCUCGGAUAAUUCUGACAAGAUUAAUGAAUUUUAUGAUCAUUUAGCAAAAGAUAUUGGAAUAAUGGUUAAGAUAUUUGUCAUUUUAUUAAUCCUUGGUGCAUUAAUCGCACUGAUACCAAUUAUUUAUCAAGAAUUUAGAUUAUGGACCAAGUUGAAAUCCCUAGAAUUGGAUAAUAACACAAAAGACCCAAUUGAAAUCUUUGAAAAAACUUUUAAUAAAUAUCCAACUGCACUUGGGAGUUUUGCUUCUAAAACAGUUACAAAUGAUUUAAAUUUUCAAAUAUCAAUUAGAUGGUUAGUCUCAUAUGUAUUAUCAUCAAGAGCCAUUAUAUUAUUAGGAAUAGCAUUAGCAGGCAUCCUAGCUGUUUGUUUACAAUUCAUCAUUUUGCAAAUCCUGACAAAAUCAAUCUCAAAAAACAUGACAAGUUUUAAUGAGAUAACAAACGAAAUAACUUCCAAAAUCGAUGACUCCAUCACAACCUGGACAGAUUCAACCAAUGACUACCUACAGCAAAAACAAGACUCAAUAAAUGAUGAUGUUUUCUCAUGGGUCAAGAUCGCCACUGAUGGUGUCAAUGACACAAUAUCUUCAUUCGUCACAGAGAUGAAUGAGGCAAUAAGCGAUGCCUUCAACGGCACGAUCCUAUACGCCCCUGUCAAGACUAUUGUUGGGUGUGUUAUUGAGGAUAAGUUGAUAAAGAUUGAAAAAGGUUUGACUUGGAUACAUGAUCAUGCUGAGAUUACAUUACCUAGGGUGGAUGAUGAUUAUUUAACACAGGCUUGGAAUAAUAAUGAUACGAGUACAGGUGGUGGUGGUGAUAAGAUGCUCAAGACAUUAAUUGAACAAUAUAAAAAAAGUUUGAAAUUUGAACUUUAUAUAUCAUUGGCAUUAUUGGGUCUUUGGGGUUUACAAUUCAUUAUUGGGCUGAUCAUAUUGUAUUUUAAAAACGGUGCACCAAUAUGGGGUGGUGGGUUGAAACAAAAUGAAAAAUUGAAUAUAAGUUAUCCAAAAGAAUUGACUAAAGAAGAACAACAAUUAUAUGGGUAU